GGUCAGUCCCAAGGCACGGCUUCCAUUAAUCAGUCGCUGGUUGAUUUUCAUGUUCUGUAGUGUUGAAGUGAAAAAAUCGGAGAAUGAUUUUUUUUGCUCAACAUAUUGCGAACCACUGCUAAACUUGGAAGAAAAAAAAAACACAGCCAAACCGGUCGCGGUCAUGCAUGAUCGCACUAGACAUGAUUGGAAUCCGAAGGGGUGAGACCCAAGCAGGUAUAUUAGCACUCAUGACUUUGCUGUUAGGAAUGCUGGUCUACAAAAAAACAACUUGCGUCCCAGAAAUAGGUGUGAAAACUGGGUUACCGAGCAAUAUUAUAUAGGUCUAGUUAUCGGCUAUACGCCCAUAGCGCUUCAACAGACCGACACGUAUAUGAUUAUAUUAAACCCUACCGACGGAGCCAGUCUGUGAGUUUCUCACACCACAAUUAGCAAGGUGUAAUGCGGUUAGACGACUGAUUAUCCAACUUGGAUCUUGGAUGCUUACAGACGCUGGCUUCAUGAACUUGGACUCCAAAAAGAUGAGCAGAAAUUGGGCGGACCAGAAAUGAAUCACACAUAGGACAACAUUGGACUGUAGUAAGGCCGAGACGCAGAAUUAUCCAGAUGGGUGCCCAUUUUAUUUGGAUUGUUUUCAUGGUAACGUCCGGUUGGUUGAGGGACAGUCAAGCUGAUUUUUGUACCCCAUCAUCAGUUUCGACUUACGAUUGCGUCUUUCCAGACGGAUUUGAGAAACAGGCUCGCUUUGAUUCAUGCAACCGAACCAAUACGUGCCUCAACCCAUUAUUGCCUACUGUGGCAACCGGGGAAUGCAACGGCGUAACGACACAGAUAUGCUCAGUGGUCCGAGCGCCAAAUGAUCCACCGCUGAAAGACGUAUGUUCAAGUUCUCCCUGCAAAAACGGCGGAAAAUGCAUAUCUCAACGAGAGGGCGUCCUGUGCUGUUACUGUAACCCAGCAACGCCUCCGGAUUCCGGCCAGGCUUGUUAUGACCCUGCGAUAAUAAAUGUCUCGUCCAGAACACCCUGUGCUGCAGAUGACGGUGCACCACCAACGAUAGAUAGUUGCAACGAUGUGAGGACGAAUAAAGAUGUAGUGAGCGAUAUCAUCUCAGACCUUGACGUCACAGCUACCGAUAACGUUAUGAACUCCUUGCCCAUACAUUGCAUAGAGACUAGUGGUGCAUUACAUCUUACAAGCAACGAGACCACUUUCAACUGCACAGCAACUGAUACGGCUGGAGGAGAGACUACCUGUACAUUCAACGUUUUCUUUGAUCAACAAGCACCUGUGAUCGACAAUUGUCCUUCGAAUGUAAGGACCAACAACGCUGUGGUAACCUGGACACCAGAUCCUACAGCAACUGACAAUGAUGGGACCACACCUGCAGUAUCCUGCAUUCCAGCCGCUGGCAGUUCAUUUCCAGUCGAUGCAACUACAAUUGUUGUUUGUAACGCAAUUGAUGCUGCUGGAAAUGAGGCCAUCUGCACUUUUAAUGUCGCUGUAGUGUGA